UCAAUUAUUUUUCAUUUYUGAUUUGUUUAUUUUCCAGGUAUUACAUGGGGCAUUUAAUAUGUAAAAAGUGAAAUAUGUGUUGUUGUUUUUUGCAUUUACAGAAAUAUGUUCCUGAUACCACAACCCCUUUACAAGAAACAACCAUCCCUAAUGACAUCAAUAUCACUMUCCAACAUACUGAUUCUGAAGAUCCACCACUGUAUGCCUUAAAAAAUAUAUUUGGCUUCAGCGAUUUUAGACCAAAGCAAAGAGAAGCCAUUCAAUCUAUACUUGACAAAAAGGACUCCCUAAUUUUGUUACCUACAGGUUCGGGGAAAACAAUCUGCUAUGCUAUUCCAGCUUUGAUAAUGCCUGGUGUUACAAUUGUAAUAACUCCCUUGUUGGCAUUAUUAAGUGAUCAAGUUAACAAGCUAAGGUCAAAAGGCAUCAAUGCAUGUUAUGUAAGGUCUACGAUGCCAGAUGAGGAAAAGGAAGCAGUGCUUCAUGAGCUGUCGCAAGAACAUUGCUGCUACAAAUUGUUCUACCUAACCCCUGAAGCUGCUACUUCAGAAAGAAUGAAGAAACAUUUCCAGGAAAUGUCCAAAGUUKGUACUCUUGGUAGAUUUAUCAUUGAUGAGGCACAUUGCAUAGAUACUUGGGGCUCAACCUUUAGACCAGCAUAUACAGAACUAAACAUUAUGAUAUUUUUUUGUGUUACUCCCAAAAAUGAUCAAAAGGCCAAAGAUGACAUAGUAAAUAUGAUUUGUGAAAGGUUCAAAGAUAAAUGUGGAAUUGUGUACUGCAGUACAAGACGAGACACUAAAGACAUKGCUUAUUUACUAAAAGCCAAAGGGAUUAGUGCUGUGCACUAUGACGGUGCCCUUGACGAGAUGGAGAAAGAGUAUAAUUCACGGGCGUGGUUGGAUGGAAGAGCAUCCAUAAUCURUGCAACAAAAGCUUUUGGCAUGGGAAUAGAUAAAAAGGAUGYGAGAUUUGUCAUCCAUCUUACUGUUCCUGAAUCCAUGGAGGAUUACUUCCAGGAAGCAGGWAGAGCAGGAAGGGAUGGUUUGCCCUCAACCUGCAUUCUAUUCUAUCGGUUUGAGGACAGAUCCAAAAUUCUUAACUCUAUAAGCAGAACAACAGACUUGGACCAAAAAUGCCGUCAAAAACUGAUGUUAGAUACUAUUGCRAAAUAUUGCAUGCUAAACCAUUGCCGUACAUCUUUUAUAUUGUCAUACUUUGAUGGGGACAGUGACACAUUACAACCAUGUGGCAAUUUAUGUGAUAACUGCCAGAAUCCAAAUCAAUUAGUGGCCAAAGAUUAUACUGACCUAAGUGUUCAAGCUUUUGACUGUGUGUUGUCCAUGAGCAUUCAAAGUAAAGUAACAGUCAAACAAGCUGCAUUCACCUUCAAAGGUUCUAAAAGUAAAAAGGAKGUAUUGARUAAAAACUUCCAACUAGUACCACAAUAUGGGCUGGGAAAAGCUAAGUUAAAGUCGGAAGGUCAAGCAAUACGAYUUUUUCAACUACUGAUUGUGAAUGGAUAUAUGCWAGAGAACUUGAGAGAUCAGACAGAUAACACAUCUGCCCCAUUUUUGACACUGACAGAAAAGGCAUACCAAGUUAAGAAUGGAAUGGAAAGAGUUGUUUUAAGUUUAUAAUAAUGAUGCCUACUUGAACAUUGUACAGCAGACAAUAGAACAUUUGGUGCGAAAGGAAUCAGAAAACCAGAGGGCUGAGUUCAGCUUUAGUAUAAUUUUUCUUUUUGUCUUAAAAUUAAUACCUUUCCUAAAAUCACAAAUGUUCUAUUUCUGUAUGACAACCUUCUUGCAAGUACAGGUAUACCAGUGAAAUAGAAAACAAACAAUACAUAUGUCAUUCAA